UUAUUUCGGUUGUUACUGAAAGUUGUCCAUUUAACUAACUUUUGCUCUCUCUUUGUCUCCCCCGCAGGCGGCCGUCCACGUGUCAUGGCCACCAACAUGGGUAUCCUGGAGAACAUGUCGUGGAUCCUGAACGCGAGCAAGGGCGUGGAUCCGGACGUCCUCUCCAGCUUCGACCGCAACCGCGGCCUCGACGACCCGGCCUUCUUCACGUUCGUCGUGCUGUACUCGGUGCUCAUCUGCUUCGGCGCGGCGGGCAACGGCCUGGUGGUGUGGGCCGUGGCCAGGAAGCGCUCCAUGCGCACGGCCCGCAACAUGUUCAUCGUGAACCUGGCCGUGUCGGACCUGCUGCUGUGCCUCGUCACCAUGCCGCUCACUCUCAUGGAGAUCCUCUGCAAGUACUGGCCGCUCGGCCGCGAGGAGUUCAUCUGCAAGAUCCUCGGCGCCCUGCAAGCCGUCAGCAUCUUUGUGUCCACCAUCUCAAUCACGGCCAUCGCCCUGGACCGCUACCAG